AUGCCCUUCUUCAUGUGGUGCGCCCAGCGGUUGGGAGGCUUAGCAAUGGUGUCUCUCGCCCUGCUGAGCUUCUUAAUAUUGUCCAUGGAGUUCGUAUCGAGAUACGGCUACAGUUACAAUUUAGAAGACAAUCCGGAUGGUUCACGAUACUCGCCCAACGGUACCGGUAUCCUGACCGUUGUCUUCUCGUGGUAUUGCCUGUUUAUCCAUGUUCUGGUGACAGCUUUUCCUUUGCGUGCCUGCUGGGCUAUCUGGGAUCUCACCAGUUCUUUACGUACGACCGCGCAGGGCAAGACAUGUGUGGACUAUGAGGUAGCUCGACUCCGUCACAACUCACCUGCACCACUAUCCAGCUUGAAGACUCAACGGCUGUCUCAUAUUUCUCAGAGCGCGAGCAACGGAGCCGGCGAUCUGAAGUCCAACUUGUACGAAAACAGUGAAACGGGUUUAGACCAUAUCAUUCACGCCAUCAUCAUUCCAAAUUACAAAGAAGAAAUGGACACUCUUCGGGAGACGCUCGAUGUGCUUGCAUCUCACCCUCGAGCACGCAGUGGAUACGAUAUAUAUUUGGCCAUGGAGCAGCGAGAACCCGAUGCGGACGUGAAAGCCCUGUCACUCAUCAAAGAGUUCGCUGAAAAGUUUCGUUUUAUCGACUUCACCAUUCACCCUACCGGCAUUCCCGGUGACUGUCCUGGAAAGGGCAGUAAUGUGAAUUGGGCUGCUCGCAAAUUGAGCGAAAUGUACCCCAUCGCCUGUCGCAAGGAUGUUGUUGUCACCGGAAUCGAUGCCGACAGCCACCUUUUGUCCAACUACUUUGCUUUGGUUGCCAUGAUGCACAAGGCCUAUCCAGAAACUGCCACCACCACAUUAUAUGCGGCUCCAAUCAUCUUCGACCGCAAUGCCGACCGUGUUCCCGCUAUACUUGUCGAUUGGGUCGGCGGCUGGGAUUGCAAUUCCGAGGCCAUCGGCGAAGACCUGCACAUGUACACCAAGUGUUUUUUUGCCCUCAACGGCAACCUGACCGUGCGAACCGUUCUCAGUCCUAUCAGCCAAAGCAACGUCACGGCCGGCGGGUUUGGCAAGGGUGUGAUUGGCAUUCGGAUGGACAUGGGCGCGCGGUACAAGCAAGCCUUGCGGCACAUGUGGGGAGCACUAGAUACAGGCUUUGCACUGUACAAGGUGAUUGAGGUAUGGCAGAACAGGGAACGCUCCUCUUGUGCGUUCCGACCGCUGCAUGAACCUGCCUCUGAAGUUCGACUGGCAGCCCGGCAAAGCAAAGGGAGCCCCAAGGAUGCCGCCAGGGCCGGUAGCUUUACCGAUGUCACCCACGGCGUUCUUAAGGGACCCGAUUACCAGAGAAUAUUCUAUUUGCUCCACCGGCUCUUCGAAGCUCAUUUUUUGCCUGUCCAGAUGACCGGUGUGAUCUUGGCCUCGGCCGCAUACAAGUGGGUGACGGACGGCACACCAGACAUCCACGGCGUCAACUGGAUUUUCAGUGUAUGCAAAGGCCUCCGGACCUUUGGCUUCAUUGAAGUGGCCUUCUACCUUUUCUUGUACGAGAGCUACCAUAAGAUCGCACUCUCCAUCCGCGAAAAGGAAAUGAACAAUGUCGGCCUUGCUGAGGCAGACGGAUCGACAGACACGGUCUUUUUACCGCGAAGCAGCAAAGAAGGGACCAGCACCCGCGCAGGCCUGGCGAUGGAUGACCCCUCAGCGAUCACGGUGCUCACGCUCAACUGCUGGGGCCUCAAGUUCGUUUCGGCGUUCCGCGAGGAGCGGCUGGCCGAGAUCGGACGGCGGCUAGCGGUGCUGGCAGCAGCGCCGGACGCACCGGACCCGACAGGCUCGACAGAUCCUAGCUCGCCCGUUCGGCCGCCCGUCUCGAUUGUGGCGCUGCAAGAGUGCUGGUGCCAGUCAGACUUUGAGACGGUGCAGGCGCUCACGCGCGACGUGCUGCCGCAUGGCAAGUUCUUCCGCAGCGGGGUCUGGGGCGCGGGCCUGGCGGUACUCUCGUGCUGGCCUAUCACGCAGGCCAGCAUGCACGCAUAUGCGCUCAACGGACGGCCAACGGCCUUUUGGCGCGGCGACUGGUUCGUCGGCAAGGGCAUCGCCAGCGCCACAGUGCGCGUCAGUCCGCGGCUGGUCGUCGACGUGCUCGUCACCCACACCCACGCACCCUACGAGGCCGGCCGGCCCGACGACUCGUACCUGGCCCAUCAGCUGGCCCAGACCUGGGAGAUGGGCAGGCGUGCGGCUGCUGCGGCCGAACGCGGCGGCUUGGGCUUGUCUGCUCGCCUCGUCGUCGCUGUGGGUGACUUCAACAUGCUCCCGCAGUCGCUGCCGUACCAGAUGCUCCAGCUCGGCGCCCGUGCAGAAGCCAGCACCAGUCCCAGCCUCCAGCUGCUCGACUCUUGGCGCGUGCUGCACCCGCAGUCGUCCUUCGGCCCUGCUGCCUGUCUGGCCAAACAGGCCCGCCAAAAGUUGCAGACCACCGCCGCCACGGCAGCACAGAUCACUGUCCCUACGGCCGCCUUCAAUCUGACCGAAAACGGCGCCACGUCCGACAACGUGCUCAACACCUGGCGAUGGCCCAAGGACAAGCAGAAACGCCUCCUCCAGAGCUUCCGCAAUAUGUCACCACCAGGACCCUCUUCGGCUGUCCACAAUGACGAGUUUGACAUCGCCCCAGACACGCCCGACCCGUGUGGAAAGCGUCUCGAUUACAUCUUCUACAUGUCGUCUCCACCAAUACCACCAAAUGCUGACUCCUCAUCCAUUUACCACAGCUGGACUGUGAAGACGGCACGUGUCGCCAUGGUUGAGCCUCAUCCGACGUUGGGCUGUUCUGUGAGCGAUCACUUUGCCGUCGAGGCCACACUGGCCCUCGAGUUCAACAGCCAGGAUAGCGAUGCAAGUGGCAGGACCGACGAAACUGCCGACGUCGACGUCUACAAUAGUGUUUUGGCUGAGAUUGACCGUUACAUCGCCCGCGAGCAUCGCCAGCAGUUUUGGCGCUCUGUCCACUUCUUUUCCGCCGUCUUUGUCGCCGUAGCCUGCCAUGUCGCCAUGUGGUUCGUCCCCCGCUUGUUCGUCGCCUUCCUGCUCAUGCUGCUCAGCAGUCUCGGCCUUGCUGCCGGCGCCAUCGACGGCCUCCUAGCUCUCCUCUUCUUCGGCUCUGAAAUUCGCAAUCUGGAAGAGUUUCGCUGGCAGGUUUCCAAUGCUAGAGCUGCCGUUGCUGAAAGCCUGACCUCGCUUCCAAGUAGCGAAAAGGUCUAG